UCCCUGAAGCCAUCAGGUCACUCCCAUCCACCCCCUUCCAUUCCAUCUUUCCUCGGCGUGUCGCAGGGAGAGCUGAAGCGAUUCGUCUUGUGUGUCUGUGUCGCAGCAGGCUGGACUCAUGGCCUCGCUGCUGCGUUUCCACGGGCGGGUGGUACUGGUCACCGGCGCGGGGGGAGGGCUGGGCCGAUCCUAUGCCCUGGCUUUUGCAGAAAGAGGAGCAUCCGUUGUUGUGAAUGACCUAGGAGGGGACAUGAAGGGAUUGAGUGAAGGCUCCUUAGCCGCUGCUGAUAAGGUUGUUGAAGAAAUAAGAAGUAAAGGUGGAAAAGCCGUGGCCAACUAUGAUUCAGUGGAAGCGGGAGAGAAGAUUGUGAGGGCAGCACUAGAAGCUUUUGGAAGAAUAGAUAUUGUGGUCAACAAUGCUGGAAUUCUGAGGGACAAUUCUUUUGGUAGAAUAAGUGAUGAAGACUGGGAUAUAAUCCACAGAGUCCAUUUGCGAGGCUCGUUCCAAGUGACCCGGGCAGCUUGGGAUCAUAUGAAGAAACAGAAGUUUGGAAGGAUUAUCAUGACUGCCUCAGCUUCAGGAAUAUAUGGCAACUACGGCCAGGCCAAUUAUAGUGCAGCAAAGCUGGGUCUUCUGGGCCUUUCAAAUACCCUUGCAAUUGAAGGCCAGAAAAGCAACAUUCAUUGUAACACUAUUGCCCCUGCUGCUGGAUCACGGAUGACCCAAAACAUUAUGCCUGAAGAUCUCAUGGAAGCUCUGAAGCCGGAUUACGUGGCCCCCCUGGUCCUUUGGCUUUGCCAUGAGAGCUGUGAGGAAAACGGUAGCUUGUUUGAGGUUGGAGGAGGAUGGAUUGGAAAAUUACGCUGGGAGCGGGCUCUUGGAGCCAUUGUGAGAGAGAAGAAUCAGCCAAUGACUCCUGAGGCUGUGAGGGCCAACUGGAAGCAGAUCUGUGACUUUGAUAAUGCCACCACGCCGCAGAGAAUUCAAGAAUCAAUUGGCGGUAUAAUUGGAGUUCUAAAUAAAAUAGAUUCAGAGGGAGGAGUGUCGACCAAUCCUACGAGUCAGGCAUCAUCAACAGCUACAUCAGCUUUUGCUGGAGCCAUUAGCCAUAAACUUCCUUCCUUUUCCUCUGCUUAUACGGAAUUGGAAACUAUUAUGUAUGCCCUUGGCGUGGGGGCAUCGAUCAAGGAACCGAAAGAUAGGAAAUUUAUAUAUGAAGGAAGCACCGAUUUCUCCUGUUUGCCUACCUUUGGAGUUAUUAUAGCUCAGAAACCUAUAGUAGGUGGAGAAUUAUCAGAGAUUCCUGGGCUUUCAGUCAACUUGGAGAAGGUUCUCCACGGGGAGCAAUACUUGGAGUUAUAUAAACCACUUCCCAGAGCAGGAAACUUAAGAUGUGAAGCAGUCAUUGCUGAUGUUCUAGAUAAAGGAUCCGGGCUAGUAGUUCUCGUGGAUGUCUAUUCUUACUUUGAGGAGGAGCUCAUGUGUUACAAUCAGUUCUCUAUUUUUGUUGUUGGCUCUGGAGGCAUUGGUGGAAAACGGACAUCAGACAAAGCUAAGGUAGCUGUACCCGUGCCUAAUAGACCUCCCGAUGCCGUGCUUAGAGACACCACCUCUCUUAAUCAGGCUGCUUUGUACCGCCUCAGCGGCGACUGGAAUCCCUUACACAUUGAUCCUAACUUCGCUGCUUUCGCAGGUUUUGACAAGCCCAUAUUACAUGGAUUAUGUACAUUUGGAUUUUCUGCCAGGCAUGUUUUAAAGCAGUUUGCAGAUAAUGAUGUGUCGAGAUUCAAGGCAAUUAAGGUUCGUUUCGCAAAACCAGUGUAUCCAGGACAGACUCUACAAACUGAGAUGUGGAAGGAAGGAAACAGAAUCCAUUUCCAAACCAAGGUCCAAGAAACCGGAGACAUCGUCAUUUCAAAUGCGUAUGUGGAUCUCUUGCCAAAAUCUGAUACUUCAGUGAAGACACCCUCUGAGGGCAAGGAGCUCCAGAGUACUCUGGUCUUUGAGGAAAUAGGUCGCCGCCUUAAGGAUAUCGGGCAUGAGGUGGCGAAGAAGGUCAAUGCCGUAUUUGAGUGGCAUAUCACUAAAGGUGGACACACGGCAGCCAAGUGGACAUUAUGUGAAAACACGUGUGUACCAGCUAUUGACCUCAAAGGCGGUUCUGGAAAAGUGUACCAAGGCCCGGCCAAAGGCUCAGCUGACGCAACCUUCACCCUUUCCGAUGAAGAUUUCAUGGAAGUCGUCCUGGGCAAGCUGGACCCCCAGAAGGCAUUCUUCAGUGGCAGACUGAAGGCCAGAGGGAACAUCAUGCUGAGCCAGAAGCUUCAAACGAUUCUUAAAGACUACGCCAAGCUCUGAAGGACACACCGCAGUGUGACUAAGACUAGAAAAAUUACAUACUCUCUUUGCCCAGAUAUGCAAACGUGAUUAAGCAAAAGUGAUCAAAACUAAGAUACAGGGAAAGCUGCUUACCAUUUUCAGGUUUUAGAUAAGUUUGGAGAUUUUAAUUUUUUACUAAUUUUUCACAUUAUUGUUCUUUUUACAAGAAACUGUAAGCCAGCACAUAAUACCUUUCUGUUCUCAGAGCUCUAUCUUCAUAAUAAAAAAACUUUCGCCCAGGU